AUGGUCAAGUUAAGCCUUCCCAAGCUUAGCAAGCCUAAGCCUGCUCCCGAUCCGAAACCCUCAACACCAGCCAAACCACCGUCACCACCUAAACCAGCCUCGCCUCCUCCCAAGCCAGCCUCACCUCCUCCCAAACCAGCCUCGCCUCCUCCCAAACCAGCAACAUCACCUAAACCACCAUCGCCUCCUCCUCCACCGGCUUCGCCCCCUCCUCAGCCAGCGUCACCUCCUCCUCAAUCAUCAACACCUCCCAAAGCAGCGACCCCUCCUCCCAAGCCGGCAACGCCAGGAUCGGGGGGCGAGGCAAUUGUUCCGCCCGCAUUACCCAUAGGCAUACUAGAGCCUCCCAAGACGAACCCUCCCGGCACGAGUGGUGUUCAACCGCCACAUGCUCCUGAACCCCCAAGAGAGCCUGAACCUACCCCUUACGAGCCAGCUCCUCCUGGCCCGGGUUCAGAGGAGCCGCCAACUAUAUAUCAGCCGCAGCCAUCAUACCCACAGCAACACAGCGGUCUAGAGCCUUGGAUUGAUGGUUUUAAUCAAAUCACUCAGUCUGGUCUCCCACAAUCCCUCUUCCCUCCCUCGGGGCAAUCUCAGGAUCCCUACGGUGAAGGGGAACCAUACAGUCAGGAGGAUCCAUACGGUCAAGGAAAUCCGGAUGAUCCUGAGGACCCAAACAGCCAGCAGAAUCCAUACGGUCAGGGAAAUCCAGACGAUCCGGAGGACCCAGACGGUCAACAGAAUCCAUACGGUCAGGGUAAUCCAGACAAUCCGCAGGAUCCAGACAGCCAGCAGAAUCCAGAUGGUCAGGAGAAUCCAGAUGGUCAGGAGGAUCCAUAUAGUCAACAGGAUCCAUAUGGCCAGCAGGAUCCAUACAGUCAGGAGGAUCCAUACGGUCAGGAGGACCCCUAUGGGAGCGAGUACCCACCAGCCGGUAAUACAGGCAAUGAUCCCUACUCACAAAUGCAAAAUGGUGGCCAACCAAGUACGAAUCUCGGUAGCAAUGGGGGCCCCGAUGCUGAUGGUGAGGAUGAUGGCUAUUACGACGACGACGAUGCUAAUUACAACGAUCCCAAUGCUAACUACAACGACCCCGAGGAGGAAGAUCCCGAGCAGGACCAAGGCUACACCCAAUGA